AUGGUUUCGCGGAACAGCAUUUGCUCCAAGUCGAAUUCGUUCGUCAAUUGCAAGCGCUCAAACAGUCUGGUCAAAGGCGCCAGUACGACCAGUUGUGCACUACCGCCAAAAUGCACCUCAUUUAUCUCCUCUUGACACUUUCGUUCACUGUUGCCGAAGACUUGAAGUUGACCAUUUUGCACAACAAUGACCUACACAGCCGUUUCGAGGAGACUUCGCGUAAUUCCGGCACGUGCAAAGAUAAGAAGGAGUGCGUCGGAGGAUUCGCAAGGACAGCACAUGAAAUCCGGAGAUUCCGGACGGCGGCGAAUGACUCCGGGAAUUCGGUGUUGUUCCUAAAUGCCGGGGAUACGUAUGUGGGGACGGCGUGGUUUGCGGUACACAAGUGGAAGAUUUGUGUGAAGUUUCUUAAUUUGCUUAAACCGGAUGUGAUGUCAUUGGGUAACCACGAAUUCGAUUUCGGCGUUGAAUCCCUCGCCCCUUUCGUCGAAGGCGCCCAAUUCCCCAUCGUCGCUGCCAACCUCGACUUCACCGAAGAGCCUUCCCUCCUCAAAGUAAAAAAAUCGGUGGUUCUCGACAUUUCAGGCCGAAAAGUUGGUAUCGUCGGUCACCUCACCCCCGACACUCGCAUCAUGUCUCAGCCCGGGAAGGUCAAAUUUUUGGACGUCGUCGAGUCCGUCAAAAAGGAAACUGAAGUACUCGACGCAGCCGGCGUUAAAAUAAUAAUUAUUUUGGGGCACUCGGGCUUCGACAUGGACUUGAAAAUCGCAGCGGAAGUGCCUUUGGCCGAUGUUGUUAUCGGAGGACACACAAACACAUUUUUAUGGAAUGGGGCGCAGCCCGAUUUGGAGAAACCGGAGGAUAUGUAUCCCAAAGUGGUGGUACAGAAAGGGGGGAAGAAAGUGCCAGUGGUCCAGGCUUACGCCUAUGCGAAAUAUUUGGGGGUUUUAAAUGUGACUUUUGAUGGGAAAGGGGAUUUGAUCGGUUUUAAAGGACAACCGAUUUUCCUGGAUAAUGGUAUUCCUCAAGACCAGGACGUUUUAGAUUUGUUGGAGGAGUUCAGGCCUGCUGUUGAUGACAUAGAUAAAGAAGUAGUGGGGAAAUCAGCCGUUGUGCUUGAUGCCUCUGCGAAUAAAUGUCGCGUGGUUGAAUGCAAUUUAGGGAAUUUGAUUGCUGAUUCAUUUGUUUAUUACAUUGCGGCCCAACAUGUCGGUCCCGGAUGGACGGACACACCCAUUGGGUUGAUUAAUGGUGGUAGUGUCCGCACUAUCAUCGACCCAUCGGUCCAUGGAGGGAACAUAACCCGGGGCGAACUUAUGGGUACUUUACCCUUCGACAACCAAAUCGUUUCAUUCAAACUCACAGGAUCACAAAUUCUUGAAACUCUUGAAAUCGGCGCUAGAAGCAACGGAGAGACUUCCAAAGGCGAAUUUUUACAAUUCUCGGGGCUGCAUGUGGUUUACAAUAUGAAAAAACCAGCAUAUUCACGUGUCGUGUCUGUGAAAGUCCGCUGUGGUAAUUGUAGUGUUCCCAUUUACGAACCUCUCGACCCGAAAAAGGCCUAUGGGGUGGUUGCGCCGAGUUUUUUGACCACAGGGGGUGAUGGACAUGAAAUUUUGGCAAUUGCGGCGGAUAAGAGUGGAAGAGUGCAAGAUUUGCGGGAUGUUGAUACGGUUGUGUGGUAUUUGAAAAGACAGACGAUUGUGUAUCCGGAGGAGCAGGGGAGGAUUAGGUUUGUUGAGAAUAAGGGGGAGAAUGCACCAUCGGGGGCAGGCAGGACUUUUGGUGUUUCGGCUUUGGUUUUAGUUGUUAUGAAAGAGGUUGUAAUGUUUAGUGUGAAAUAAAUUUUAUUUUCAUUAAAAAA